UUUCCGAGAAUGCUAUCAUGGCUGUAGCUCUCGAGUGUAGUCUUUGGAACAACUGUGGCAAGGAGAGCAAAGGUUUUCGUGUCUAGAGCUAGGAAUUUUUGCUGGAGUUUGUGAUCGAUGAUCAUCUCGAGUUUGAUUUCCCAAAGAAAUAUAGGAAGAAUCUUUUGCCACCAUUUUUUUUUCGAGGAGGCCGAGUCCACGCCCACGAAUUAAAUAAGGAAAGAGCGCGGUGGUCUCUCUAUCCCUCGAGAGACGAAUUCGAUCAAUCUCUCCUCGUGGGGGAGAGAAAAGAAAGGCAAAAAAGAUGGACUACCACCAGGUGUCUCUGCCCCCAAUCCAGCUCCAGAUCAACGAUUUCAAUCAGCCGAAAGAGGGCGAGUAUCACCAACUCGUGGAGCUGACGCUGGAUGUGAGGAAGGAUUCAGUGACCCUCCGCAGCAUCGCACCGGUUCCAGCGCAGAGCGCCCAAGCGGCUGAUCCUCACGGCAAUACUCUGCUGCUCGACACGCGAUCCAAUUCCAAUUCCAAGAGGGCAUCGCCACAGGCGACGGCAGCGCUGAUCAAGAGCGCGUCCGCCAAGCUCAGCAAAUUCACAGGAGAUGUGUGGAGCCAUGUCCGGCAAUUGUCGUCGCGGUCGGGGAAGAAGGCCAAGGAUCAGGAGGUGGUGGCGCCGAGCAGCCGUGGCGCGGACAUCCGCAGGCUGGCGAGAUCCAAAUCGGGGGCCGAGCACGCAUUGCAGGGGCUGCGAUUCAUCAGCAAGAGCAACAACCAGAAGCUGGCGUGGGAAUUGGUGUCACGGCGAUUCGACAAGCUCGCCAGCGAAGAGGGCUUCAUCGACAAAUCGGAUUUUGGGCUGUGCAUUGGAAUGGAGGAUUCCAACGAAUUUGCCGCGGAGCUCUUCGAUGCUCUGGCACGGAGGCGAGGGCUCAAGCAGCUCAGGAAGCUGUCGAAGAGGGACAUGUACGAUUUCUGGUUGCAAAUCUCUGAUCAGAGCUUCGAUGCGAGGAUGCAGAUCUUCUUCGACAUGUGUGACAAGAACCUCGAUGGACGGAUUUCAGAGAGGGAGGUGAAAGAGGUGAUAAUGCUGAGUGCGUCCGCCAACCGGCUGUCGAAACUCAAGGAGCAGGCCGAGGAAUAUGCCGCGCUCAUCAUGGAAGAACUGGAUCCGGAAAACCUGGGCUACAUCGAGCUAUGGCAACUAGAGACGCUGCUGAUGCGAGGACCACACCCCAAGGAUCACAGCAGCCAGCAGGCGAGCCAGAUCAUCACGAGCACGAAAGCACCAGGCAUCUCACGCCGAUUGCAGAGAUUCCUGAGGAACUCGCGGCAUUCUUUGGGUGAUAACUGGAGGCGAAUGUGGGUGGUGUCGCUGUGGAUUAUGGCCAUGGCCGGGCUCUUCAGCUGGAAGUUUGUGCAGUACAAGAACAAGGCGGCGUUCCAAGUCAUGGGCUACUGCGUUUGCACCGCCAAGGGUGCUGCCGAGACGCUCAAGCUCAACAUGGCUUUGAUCCUCUUCCCGGUUUGCAGGAAGACGAUCACCUGGCUUCGAUCGACUUGGCUCGGGAAUCUUGUUCCUUUUGACGAUGAUAUCAACUUCCACAAGAUCAUUGCUCUAGGGAUUGUUGUGGGGGUUUUCAUCCACGCAGGAACUCACCUGGCUUGCGAUUUCGUUAGGAUUGUCAACUAUCCUGACCAGGAGUUUGUAAGGAUGAUCGGGAAAGGAUUCCACAACAAGAAACCAACUUAUGUGGACAUUCUUCGAUCGGUGGAAGGGGUGACGGGAAUUAUGAUGGUAGUAUUGAUGGUCAUCGCCUUCACUCUCGCGUCGAGAUGGUUCCGGAGAGAUCUCAUCAAACUUCCCUGGCCUCUCAAGAACAUGACCGGUUUCAAUGCGUUUUGGUACUCGCAUCACCUCCUCAUCGUCGUUUACAUCCUCCUCCUCGUCCAUUCCUUCUUCCUCUUCCUUACUUACAAGUGGCACGAAAAAAAUGUAAGACAAAACUCCUUUUUAUCUUUUUCAAAGCAGAAUUUUGAAUUGCAGACAUGGAUGUAUUUGGCUGUGCCCCUACUGCUGUAUGCUGGAGAGCGAGUGUAUCGAGCUUGCAGGGCCAAUUACACUGUACAAAUCAUCAAGGCUGCGAUAUACCCCGGAAAUGUGCUAGCUUUACACAUGAGCAAGCCUCCUGGAUUCACUUACCACAGUGGAAUGUAUCUCUUCCUCAAGUGCGCUGAAGUCUCGCCCUUCGAAUGGCAUCCCUUCUCCAUAACCUCCGCUCCAGGAGAGGAUUUCCUGAGCGUUCACAUCAGAACUUUGGGCGACUGGACGCAAAAGAUGAGAAAGCUCUUCUCUGAGGUUUGCGAGCCAUCCACAGACAACAAGAGCAGAUUGCUAAGGGAGGAACGAACCACGGAAGAGAUCCCAACCUCGCGAGGCAAAUUCCCAAAGCUGGUGAUUGACGGCCCGUAUGGAGGUCCUUCGCAAGACUAUAGAAAGUACGAUGUUCUUCUCCUCAUUGGACUGGGAAUCGGUGCCACUCCUUUUAUCAGCAUUCUCAAAGACAUGCUCAACCAGCGCAAGAUGGCCGACCAGCUCCAAGAUUUAUCAUUCUCGAUUGAUAUGAGCAAGUCAUUUGGAUCUCCCAACGGAGCACUAGCGCUGGAGAGCCCCAGGAGACACUCGCUCGAAAGCCCACGUAGACGCAAGCGGAAGUGUCCCACAAACGCGUAUUUCUACUGGGUGACGCGGGAGCAGGGAUCGUUCGAGUGGUUUAAAGGUGUCAUGAAUGAAGUUGCGGAAAUCGAUCACAAGGCCGUGAUUGAGAUGCACAACUAUCUCACGAGUGUUUAUGAGGAGGGUGACGCGAGGUCUGCUCUCAUUGCAAUGGUUCAAGCUUUGCACCAUGCAAAAAACGGAGUUGACAUUGUUUCUGGAACUCGGGUACGCACACAUUUUGCUCGUCCAAACUGGAGCAAAGUUUUCUCAAACCUUUCAACGACGCAUGCUAACUCCACAAUUGGUGUUUUUUACUGCGGGCCGGCGCUCCUAGCAAAAGAGCUACGCACACUUUCACAGGAAUACACACAGCAAUCAAGCUGCAGGUUUGAGUUUCACAAAGAAAACUUCUAGACGAGAUCGAAGCAAAAAAUUUUAGGCGAGAGAGAUUUUAUGUACAUAAUUGUCUAACCAUUUGCGGCACAGGCGAAAGCAAAUCGCCUGCUACAAAGAGAGAAAGAAAAAGAAAAGAAAAUUAAAAACAAAUAAUAGAAAACUAUAGAGAAAGUUUAAUCUA